AGAUUACAAAUCAGAUUUUUGAUUUACUUUAAUCGCACUCUCAACGGGAGAGACUUAUUCUGAUGAAAAUUUCAUUCACUGAUCAAUUACUUUUUGUUCCUGUAAUUGAUGUUGAUAAAGCAUCACAACAGUACCUCGCCCGAAGCGUGUCGUUAUGAAGUGUUUCGCCGAAUAUUUAGCUGAGACAUCAACGUAGUUGCAUCCGAAAACAUUUCUCUGUUUUCUUGUUUUAAAGUGCAUUACCUAAGUAUUUGUUUAAUAGUAGCUUAAUGUUCCUUUCCUCAGCAUGUCAACGACCGAAAAAGUAGAAAUGUCAUCCGAUAAGAUAGGUGAGACAACCUAUGUGAACGAGUCUUACGAGCCCCGCAGAAGUCGAUCUAAAUUGCGGGUAAGAUCCAGAUCUCGUUCAGAAGCUUCAUCCAGUCCAAGGAACCGUCGCCUGAAAAGUUACGUCGUUCAAUGCCGCAACAGAAGUAGAUCCAGAGAUAGAUUAUCUGGAUCAAGACUAAUUGUAAGAUCAAGAUCUCCUUCGAGGGAUGUGCCCAGUUUUAGGGACCCUAGCCCAGAAAGUUGUGUCGCGCAAUGCUGUGAUAGUUGUAGAUCGAGAGGCAAGAUCCGCAGGGGCAGAUCUAGAUCGAAAAGUCAAUCGAGAUCUCCUUCAUCGGAUCCGUUUGGUUCUUGGAGCUAUCACUGUCGGAGUUACGUUAUUAAAAAACGCCACAGAAGUAGGAGUAGAGGUAGGAGUACGGCCCAAUGGAGUCAAUCGCCAUUAAGCUCCAGAAGCUUUAACCAAGAAAGUAACUUUGUUCAAAGCCGCAUUGGGAGUAAACCAGCGAUCAGUUCAAGUAUGAACGAACAGCACUUGGAAAAUUUCAGUCAAAUGUGUAGCAUAUCGGACCAAAAUCGUAUCGUAAGAGGACUCGAUAGAUUCAGUUGCUUGAAUGGUCAAAUUGAACGUAAGUUCAAGUCUGAGACUCAAAGAAAAUCGAGCCAUUCUCACUAUACUAACAGAAAUAACCACAGAGCAGGAGAAAGGUGGAGAAGGACUUUGAAUUAUGUCAGGCAACACUCAUCGGACCGUUCUUACUCGAAUUUUAGCAAACAAUGGAAUAACUUCUCCACGCCAUUGUUUAGGAAUCAAAGGCGUAUGAACCAAAGCGUGGAAUUUUAAGCACAGGUAAAAAUGUAGCGUAAUAAUUUAGUUAUAGAUAGCAGAUCUAUAGUAAACGUUUCACUGAACAAUGAAUGAUUUUCAUACUGAUGUUUUUUGCUAACUUUGUUGCAUUUCCUAUCUUAUUGAUAAAAUAUAUUUUUUAUUGGUGACGGGACAAACAAAAUUCAUUCUGAGAAAUAGGAGUAAUCAUCAUUACUUGCAAAUUAUUGCAUUAAGAGACUUGAAUUUAUUAUUUUUUUUUUAUAAAAUUGGUUCAUGUUUGCGUGGCAAAAAAGGAACAAGCUGAUAAAACAAGUAGUUCAACUCCAAUAGUUUUACUCAUUUUAUGUUACAAGAUUCUCCUCUGAUGAAUCAACGAUGCGUCCAUCAAGCAGAUGUACGAGUAGAAUGAUCCCGUGCGGUAUUUACUACUAACAAUCCUUAUGUAUAUUUAUUUUAUUUAUCGUAUGAAAAAAACUUACAGGAAAUGUAAAUUAUAUCAUUACUAUUAUAAUGUAAAUAUAAUUGUAAAUUAUAUUGUCGCGCCGAGGAUGGAGGUCAGGGACACCUCCGAAAUUCGUCUGCUCCGAAAAUUGAAAUAGUUUAUGCAAGUGAGUGUUAAUAAAAAUUGUUUUUGAAAGUUUUCAAA